GAUAAGUGCAGACGAUUUCGUCGGGUCCGAUUCGCGCCUGUACAGUACUGUGCCAGAAUCUUUGAUAACAAGACCUCGACGGAGGUGGGAGUGUUACUUUGAUCUGGGGGCGUUUCAGUUCGAGCUGCGUAGCUGUCAAGUGCUGUCGAGAAGGCCGGCAUGCAGAUGCGCGAGUGGGAGAAACGUUGAUCUCUGGCCAUUGUUUGCCGCCUAGGGCGUUUGUCAAAAUGAGGUCCGUCGGAUAUUCCCUGCUAACGUGGGCUACACUUACUGCUAUUCUUAAUUCGUCAUCGGCCACAGUCAGAUAUCAGCCAGAGCAAGUUCAUCUAUCAUUUGGAGAGAAAGAGCGUUCCAUUGUGAUAACUUGGUCAACUGGUAACAAAACUGACUCAAUUGUUAAAUACGGUGGAGGAGGACAACUACUUCAAACCAAAACUGGUUCUUGUUCCCUUUUUGUUGAUGGGGGAAAGAAGAAAGCAUCUCAAUACAUUCACCGUGUGACACUGUACUACGAGGAUCCCGACAGUCUGCAACCAGAAACAAAAUACUAUUAUCAUGUUGGAAGUGAACUUGGGUGGUCUGCUAUUUACUGGUUCUUGACACCACCUGAGAACCUCAAUGGAUGGGCUCCAUCUAUUGCUAUCUAUGGAGACAUGGGCAACAUAAAUGCUCAGUCCCUUCCACGGCUUCAAGCAGAAACUCAGGCGGGGAUAUAUGACGCCAUAAUUCAUGUCGGAGAUUUUGCGUACAAUAUGGAUGAUUAUGAUGGUGAAGUUGGGGAUGAAUUUAUGCGUCAAAUUGAGACAAUAGCUGCAUACGUUCCAUACAUGACUACAGUUGGAAAUCAUGAAAGCGCUUACAAUUUUAGUCACUAUAGGGCUCGCUUUAGUAUGCCUGGUCCAUAUGAGAACAUGAUGUACAGCUUCAACAUGGGACCUAUUCAUUUCAUCUCUUUUUCCACUGAAUAUUAUUAUUACCUUCGUUAUGGUUUCAAGAUGUUAGUCAAACAGUAUGAAUGGCUAGAAAAUGACCUUAAGGAGGCUAACGAUCCUGCCAAUCGUACUGCUCGUCCGUGGAUAAUAACUCUAGGCCAUCGUCCAAUGUAUUGCAGCAACAGGGAUGAUGAUGAUUGCACUAGAAUAAAAAAUAGGUUGCGCUAUGGAAUCACUCCUCUUCGACUGUUUGCAUUGGAAGAUUUGUUCUACAAAUAUUCUGUUGAUCUGGAAAUUUGGGCUCAUGAACAUUCAUAUGAGAGAAUGUGGCCCCUUUACAACUACAAAGUUUAUAAUGGCUCAUAUGAUCAACCAUACACCAAUCCGAAAGCACCCGUUCAUAUUGUUGUAGGAUCAGCAGGUUGUCAAGAGAAAGUUGACUCAUUUAACCCUCUACCUUCAUGGUCUGGCUUCCGCAGCAGUGACUAUGGAUAUUCCAGAAUCAAGGUUCACAAUGCAACGCAUCUCAACCUUCAACAAGUAUCCGAUGAUUUGGAUGGGCAGGUGAUUGAUGAAUGGUGGCUCAUAAAAGAAAUGCCUCGCAUCAAAUUUCCUCUUGCUGACGAACUAUUUUCUUCUCAAAGUAACAGUCCAUCUCCUCAAAAAGUAGGAAAUAUUGAACAAAAUCAUCUGAGAGACUCAUUUGAAGUGGAGAAAUAAAUUACUUCUCUAAAAUCAAAGGGAAGCUGUUGCUCAAAUUUGACACUAUGUUAUAGCCAAAAACUAAAAAGAUAACUUGAUAAGAGAUUAGAAUAAUGUUAAUUUAGUGCUAAGAUUAUACUUUUAAAAUCCUAGCCUGCACAGCGUAUUCUCAUUUUGUGAUAUUUAAAUAACUUGAUGAAUGCAGGAAGAUGUCUUACAAAAUAAAAAUACAAUUACAAUUUCAA